ACCCACAACUUAUUCAAUAUGCUGAAAUUCGUCGGUUUCCUCGCUUUCGUGUCAGUGUCUUAUGCAGCCAUAACGAGUUUAGCUCCUGAGGACAAACCAGUAGACUUAGCUAACCAAGAAGGAUGUUAUAUUUCCAAGUUAAACAGAGUGCUGCCAUACGAUGUAACCUUUUAUCCAAAUACUGAUUGCGCAGUGUACAUUUGCCAGAGCUCCAAUGGUGAAACACUGUAUGAAACUUGUGGAGUAACAGCUAUCCGCGAUGGCUGCAGAAAAAGCGUCAUAGACAACAGCAAACAAUACCCCGAUUGUUGUUCCCAAGAAGUAUGCGAUGAGGCCGGCUUAGAUUAUAUAUACACCCAGGAAAUUAGAAGGGCCCCAAGUCCCGUGGCUUGUAUCAGUGGAUGCACGGCACUACUGAAUCUAGACAAGAGACAUGUCAUCGUGCAUCCCGCACCUCAUCUUCUCAACCUCAUGCGAUGA